AUGGCGAUCAAUAUCGAUGAUCGGGGUCUACAUUUACCCAAUCUACCUCCUCUACUCCAUACUCGCUCCGGAAAUGAGAACUUUGAUCCCUCCACCCCCUCCGCCAAUGGGUUCACAAGUCCCCCGGACACCCCUCAGGAACCGGAUGCCCCCGGCGCAUUCGAUUUGCCCAAUGUCUUCGAUAAAGCCAUGAAGCUGACACCUACUACGCCAUCUAAAUCCACUCACAAUCUUUUUAACCAUCCUAUGUUUACGGAUAAAAACCACUUCGAAGAUUUCAACGAGAGCGUCAUUCACCAGCGCCCAACGAGUCCGACGCGUAAAUCUAACAAGGAGAAUACUCCCCCCAAUUCUACUCGUAUUCCAAGAGACCUGGGUCCGAGGCCAACAGCCGCUGCCCUUUCACGCCACGAGCCAUAUCAACAGCGGGAUGUCGACACCUCAAAGCGUCAGGUUCAGCUCCGUGGGCUGACGCCGGAGGAAAUGGAAAAAUUGCAACAACCACGUGUGAAACGCCUGACAAACGUCACCCAACUGUAUUUUCUCGAUCAUUACUUUGACCUCCUAAGCUACGUCCACAACCGCCAAACUCGUCACUCGCAGUUCAAAGCCGCAUAUCCCGAACCUCCUGCCACUCCUACCGAGGAGUACGAACCUGCGCUUCUGAAAUAUCUUGGUCGUGAGCGCGCAAACUUACGCAAGCGUCGCACACGUCUUCGUCAACAUGACUUCCAGAUUCUGACACAGGUGGGCCAGGGUGGAUAUGGACAGGUAUACCUGGCACAGAAAAAGGAUACGCGCGAGGUUUGCGCAUUAAAGGUCAUGAGCAAGAAGCUCUUGUUCAAGUUGGACGAGAUCCGCCAUAUUUUGACAGAGCGCGAUAUUUUGACUGCUGCCAAGAGUGAGUGGCUUGUUAGGCUGCUGUAUGCGUUCCAGGAUGAUACUCAGAUCUACCUGGCUAUGGAAUAUGUGCCUGGUGGAGACUUCCGGACGCUGCUGAACAACACGGGUGUUCUUCACAAUCGCCAUGCACGCUUCUAUAUUGCUGAAAUGUUCAAUUGCAUCGAUGCUCUUCACCUCCUCGGCUACAUCCAUCGGGAUCUCAAGCCUGAGAAUUUCCUGAUUGACUCGACAGGACAUGUUAAGUUGACCGACUUUGGACUGGCGGCUGGUAUGUUGAGUCCGGGCAAGAUUGAGUCCAUGCGUGUAAAGUUGGAGGAAGUCGGCGCCACAUCCGUUCCAUUCGGUCGGCCGAUGGAACACAGAACAAUGGCGGAGCGAAGACAGGGUUAUCAAUCGCUGCGAGAGCGUGAGGUGAACUAUGCCAAGUCGAUUGUCGGAUCCCCCGAUUACAUGGCGCCUGAGGUUCUGAAGGGUGAACAGUACGACUUUACUGUAGAUUACUGGAGUCUGGGCUGCAUGCUGUUCGAGGCACUGGCAGGCUACCCUCCCUUUGCCGGUGCCACUGUGGAUGAGACAUGGCAGAACCUGAAGCGCUGGCAGAAAAUUCUGCGCAAGCCGGUAUAUGAAGACCCGAAUUACUUCUUGUCCCGCCGGACGUGGGAUCUCAUCACCAAACUGGUUGCGGCUAAAGAACAGCGUUUUGCGAACAUCAAGCAGAUCCAUGCACACGACUAUUUCGCUGAGGUCGAUUUCAAUCAGCUUCGCGAACAGCGAGCACCAUUCGUGCCGGAGCUUGAUUCGGAGACUGAUGCUGGGUACUUUGAUGACUUUAGCAACGAGGCUGAUAUGGCGAAGUACAAGGAGGUUCAUGAUAAGCAGCGUGCGCUGGAGGAUAUGGCCGACCGCGACGACAAGAUGAACAAGGGCUUGUUCGUAGGAUUUACCUUCCGCCAUCGGAAACCUGCCGUGGACAGCACCGGACGCAGUACCUCCCCCCGCAAACCGAUCGCAACAGAUGGCAGCUUUGGAACGAUUUUCUAG